CAAGACUGCACGUAGUGGUCGUCUGUAACUUUAUCAGCGGCAGUGAAUCAAGCAACUGUGGCAAUGAAGGCGGUAGAGUACUAACUUUGUCGGAAUCAGCCAAGUCAAAACAUUUACCAUACUGUGGAUAAAACACAUUACUAAAACAACAUAUUUGGAUUGAUGACGUAAUCAUGGGAGUGGUAGACUGGAAGUAUGCAGUAACUUUAUUUCUUGCUGCUGUAAUCUAUGUUGUCUGCAGAGCUAAUCCUGAUUAUGACUGUACUGAUAAAACACCGGGUGUAUAUUAUGCCAAUCCCAAUGACCCGUCAUACUUUUUCAUCUGUGUUGGUGGAACGCCUAUUAUUCAGCAAUGUCCUGCAAACCUAAUUUACUAUGAAGAUCGAGAAUAUUGUGACUAUACUAGUAGUAGCGAAGAAGAUGACAGUACAACAUCAAUAAUAGAAGUUGGUGGCUCAACCUUAUCAACAACUGAUGGUGUGGUGGAUUGGUCAACAACUAUAGGUACAAUUGAUCGUUUUGUGAUCAAACGUUAAAUUUACUGUGUUAAACAAGAAUAGGUUUAGGUUGUUAUAAUGAUGCAUAGUGGCUACAAAAUAAGAAAUGUUUCUAAAACAAUUGGAAAUAGUUUUCAAACAUCCAAAAAACAUUAAAGCACCUAAAUAAAGUACAAACAGUACAACAGUUUGUAGAUAUCGCCAAUAAAGAUGUACUUCA